UACCUCUUGGAAGUGUGCUGGUUUUUCCGCAAAAGAAAGGACAUCGCUUUUGUCCGAAGGUGGCUAGGCGUCGUCGACUUUCGACGGUAGCUCGAUGUCCCAAUUUCGCUGUGUCCUUCAGCGGGCUAUCUCACUCGAAGGUUGCUGAGACCGGAGUUUUAAGUGAGCCACUUGCAAACAACAAUUCUUCUUCUGGAGUGGAACAUCUAAACGCGAAGGCAACCAUGGCUUCGCCGCUCAACAUUCAGCUUGAGUUGGAAAAUACUCGCAAAACGUUCGAACAGCUACAAGCGGCAAGCGGGGUCCGUCCGGCUUGCCAAACGGUGGUAGGAAGGGCGAAUGAGAAAAAUCCAUUUCACACCGAGCUGGAUUAUAGGAGCGCGAAACGGCAGCAGGAUCAUCAGCUUGUGAAACGAAUUUUUGGCAAUCGCUGCGAGUGUGGAGCGGAGCGGACCUCAACCAUGGCCACCACUCCCUCCGCGGCAGCCUCUGCGUCCUCGCUGAACAAAGUGACACCACACAGCAAGCAUAGCGCGGUGCAUCUCGAACACACCAUCCGUAACCAGCCAACGUUUAAGCACAAGCAUCGUGCCGAAAGGAAGGGCAUUGUGCGUGACGCGGUGCUACGUAACAUUGGCCGUUGCGUUCACCAGUGUCUGAGGCGACAAAGCGAAGGAAAAUCGUCGAUGGGGGGAGGUCAACACGGCGAAGAAGGCGCCACUGCGACCGCCGCCCUGCCCCUGAAAGGCUCUCGUUCUGAAACCAACCUUACGGCCUGCUUUGCCAGUGACGCUAGCGACGACAUGCUCGAUUUUAGGUUACUCAUUGCGCAGUGCAACGAUCUUUCACUGACGGGCAGUUCUCCGGGCUCCGCAGCUCCAAAGCAGAUUGACGUACCUAACUACACGCACACCAGCUUCCGGGUGCUUCGACCAACGGAUUUCACCUGGCAACAGCUCAGUCGAACGUCGGUCAAUUCACGGCGCUAUCGGAAACGGCAGCUCAAACGAUGCAACAGUACCUCAUCCCUCGACAGUGAUGGCAGCGCAGAAAUUGCCUUCAAAAGCCAUACCGACGCAGCAACCGCCGCCCUCGGUGGAUCCCUUGGAAGUAACGGUGCGGAUGGCGAGGGAUUAGCUGGACCAUUGCUAUUGGCUGGAGGCAGCAGCAGCAGCACCUCCGCAGCAGUCCUCAAUGGCGCCAACUCGGCCAGCUUGAGCGGUUCUUCUGCGUCGGCCGCAACAUCGGCUUCGUGCUCGCAACAGGCUCGUCUCAACAUCAUGCCCUGUGAUGUGACGAUCGAUGAGAUGGCGAGUUACUUCGAGACGCUCGUCUACAUCCCCAAGAAGAUGUCCUCCAUGGCGGAGAUGAUGUAUAUCUAGGCCGUGUGAUGCGGUACUGAUGGUGUCGCGGCAUGGCAGUGAGGAUUAGUUUUCGUUCCACACACAACGAGGAAUCGCUGUAUCGAAGUUCCGUGCUAAAUUUUCUAGUGAAUCUUUCCGCCGCAUGUAAUGCAACGGGUUUCAGUUCAAGUGGAAACCACAGGAUCCAACGGAGUUGUGAGUCAGUAGGUGAUCUAGGUUUUUGGUCAAUCACUGCGUGCCACAAAUGGCUGUCACUGAUAACGGGUUUGUUUUAAAAUAUGUGUUCAGAUAAAAGAUGCUCUAACACACGCCCCCUGUUUAGAUCAAAAUCCCCAUUUUAUAUUCAUUUCCCCUUUGUUUUUAAAUCUCAAUUUUCAUGCCUGAUUAUGCUUUCUAUUUACGCAAGUCGAGUAGUAGUUCGAUUAGUGUCUUCGUAGGUGUCCACUGUUUAAACGAAUCUUAGGUGUGAUUUGUCGGAUUCCGUUGCAUAUCGAGCCACACUAUCUUACUCAUAAAUGGUUUGCUAUUCACUAUCCGGAUUUAACCGUUCGCUGUAAUUCGUAUGUCAGUAUAAAGUGGAACUCUGGUAUCAAGUAUCAUCUAUAUUCUAUUCACCCGGGUUAGGUGAACUGGUGAAAUGUAUGUUAAUGAAAUAAAUGUUCCCAAUACCCAGAAUUGCCCAAAUUGCUCCAGAAUACGCGAUCCGCGCAUGCAUAGCACGUGGAAGAGCUUGUUGUAAGCGAGGUUGCGUCUUCGAAAUCCAUAUUAAACUUUCGAAUGGAAGUGGUUGGCGUAAUGUGUGGUAGUGUGCUGUAAGUGGUAGAUCAAUCCCCCCCCCCCCCCCCAAAUGUACACUUUUUGUUUGUUUUAUGUUUUAAAUCAAUAAAGGCGACAAACGGUUCUGUUUUAUAGAAACAUCA